UGUUUCCCGUCAUGACGUGUUUCCGGUGUGUUGGUGUCUGAUCGUCAUGUUUCUGGGCUUCGAUUUCAGCACACAGCAGGUGAAGGUGGUGGUGAUCGACCAAAACCUGAACGUGGUUCAUCAGAACAAUGUCCAGUUUGAUUCUGAGCUGCCAGAGUUCAGGACCGAGGGCGGCGUCCACCUGCACUCGGACCGGCUCACCGUCACGUCUCCCGUGCUCAUGUGGGUGAAGGCUCUGGACCUGCUAUUGGACAAGAUGAAGGGGGCGGGGUUUGACUUCUCCCAGGUCCGAGCGUUGUCCGGCAGCGGGCAGCAACACGGCAGUGUGUACUGGAGGAAAGGAGCGGCUCGGACCUUGAACGAGCUCGACCCGGAACGCCCGCUGCACCACCUGCUGCAGGACAGUUUCUCAGUGUCUGACUCUCCGGUCUGGAUGGACUCCAGCAGCACGCAGCAGUGUCAGUACCUGCAGGCAGCAGUAGGGGGCAGUCUAAAGCUGGCAGAGAUCACUGGAUCCACAGCUUAUGAGCGAUUUACAGGAAACCAGAUCGCUAAACUGAGACAGAAGCGACCGGUGGAGUUCCAGGAUACUGAGAGGAUCUCAUUGGUCAGCAGCUUUGCCGCCUCCCUCUUCCUCGGUGAUUACGCCGCUAUCGACUACAGCGACGGAUCAGGAAUGAACCUGCUGGACAUCCGGAGCAGAGACUGGUCUGAGGUCUGUCUGGAGGCCACUGCUCCUGGUCUGGACCAGCUGCUGGGAACUCCUCAGCCCUCCUCGUCUGUGCUGGGCGCCGUCUCCUCCUACUUUGUACAGCGAUAUGGUUUCUCCAAGAGCUGCAGAGUCGUAACUUUCACUGGAGACAAUCCAGCGUCUCUGGCGGGAAUGCGGCUCAGUGACGGAGACGUCGCGGUGAGUUUGGGCACCAGUGACACAGUGUUUCUGUGGCUCCAGAAGCCCCGCCCAGCACUGGAGGGUCACGUCUUGUGUAACCCGGUGGACUGGCGAGCGUUCAUGGCUCUGCUGUGCUUCAAGAACGGAUCACUGACGCGGGAACGCAUCAGGAACGAGCGCACAGGAGGAUCAUGGGAACUGUUUUCACUCGCCUUGAGAGAAACGCCCCUCGGAAACCACGGCUACAUAGGCUUUUAUUUUGAUGUCAUGGAGAUCACACCUCCUGCAGUGGGAGUUCACCGCUUCGACGCCAAUGACAGUGAGGUGUCCUCAGUGAGUGCUCAGGUGGAGGUUCGGGCAUUGGUGGAGGGUCAGUUCCUGUCCAGGAGACUCCACGCAGAACGACUCGGAUACUCCAUCAUUCCUGGAACCAGAGUUCUGGCGACGGGUGGAGCCUCGUCCAAUACAGACAUUCUGCAGGUUUUGGCCGACGUCUUUAACGCUCGCGUCUACACCAUCGAUGUGUCUGACUCCGCCUGCCUUGGCUCCGCCUACAGAGCUCUCCAUGGACUGACGGCAGAAUCUGGACAUUCCUUCUUUGACGCUGUGAAAAAAGCACCAGAACCAAGACUGGUCACCACCCCGAACGUGACUGCAAAGGAGGUAAACACACACACACACACACACACACACAGA